AUGGCAUCCUCCUCAACCCAGCCACCAGCACCGUUCCUUGUUCCUUCCGUCACGCCGUGGUGGCGGCUGCUGCUGCUGCUGCUCGCUUCCUCGCACACGCGCGGCGCCGAGGCCGCGCCGCCCAACACGGAGGCGCUCUCGGUGCUGUGCAACGGCGCGUCCUACGGCGCCGGGGACCCCUUCGCGACGAGCCUGGCGUACGUGCUGUCGGAGCUGGUGUCCGCCACGCCGGCCCGGGCCGGCCGCGACUUCUACGACAUCUCCCCAUACCCGGCCGCCUUCGCGUACGGGCACGCCGCGUGCCGGGCGGCGCUGUCCGCCGCGGACUGCGGGACGUGCCUCCGCUCCGCCGUCAGCCAGAUGGACGCCUCCUGCGGCCACAGCGUCGGCGCCAGGGCCGUGCUCGUCGACUGCAGCGUGCGCUACGAGCAGUACGCGUUCGUGGAUUAA